CAUUCAAAUCACAAGUUAGCAACAACUGACACACAAAUCCAUACAUUACCAUAUACAAAUAUAUAUUUUCAGGUUCCACAUAGGAAACCUGAACGUAUAUAAUUACUGCAAUGGCUUGUUUUAGCAAAAUCACCUGUAUUCUUGCACUGCUUUUUUUCUCACUAGCUCUUGUCUCUCAAGCUAGAGUACUUGAUCCUGUGAAUCAUUCGAAUAAUAUACCACGAUUUGUUAGUGUAAAAGGAUCCCAUUUUACUCUUGACCAAUCUUCGUUUCUCUUCAAUGGCUUUAAUUCUUAUUGGAUGAUGACGGUUGCCGCAGACCCUAAUAUGAGACACCAGGUCACUGAGGUGUUUCGUGAUGCCUCUGCUGCCGGCAUGUCUGUCUGCCGGACAUGGGCUUUCGCCGAUGGAGGCAGUAAUUCACUCCAGUUAUCCCCAGGCACUUACGAUGAACGUGUUUUCCAGGGACUGGAUUUUGUGAUUUCUGAAGCAAAAAGAUUUAACAUAUAUUUGAUAUUAAGUUUCGUCAACAACUAUAAGGACUAUGGAGGUAGACCGCAGUAUGUUCAGUGGGCUCGAAAUGCUGGAGUGCAAGUGAAAAAUGAUGAUGAUUUCUAUACACAUCCAGUAGUUAAAGGAUAUUACAGAAAUCAUGUUCAGAGGGUCAUAACAAGGAUCAACACCAUAACAAAGGUAGCCUACAAGGAUGAUUCUACAAUCAUGGCAUGGGAGCUCAUGAACGAACCCCGUUGCGACGCCGAUUCCUCUGGGAGAACCGUAAACGGCUGGGUUCAAGAGAUGGCAAGUCUUGUAAAAUCAGUAGACAACAAGCACUUGUUGACAAUCGGCAUGGAAGGCUUCUACGGGGACACGAUGCCUGAGAAAAAACAGUUCAAUCCGGGUUAUCAAGUCGGGACUGAUUACAUCAGCAACCAUCUGAUCAAAGAAAUCGACUUCGCCACCAUACACGCCUACCCCGAUAUAUGGCUGGCCAAACAAAAUGAAGAUGCACAAAUGGCCUUCAUGGGAAGAUGGAUGCAAAGCCACACCACAGAUGCGCAGGCCAUUCUGAAAAAGCCGCUCGUCAUAGCUGAGUUCGGAAAGUCGAAUAAAGAUCCCGGUUUCAAUACAGGUGCUAGAGAUCUAUACAUGAAUGCCGUGUACACGAGUAUUUACAAAUAUGCUCAGAAUGGAGGAACUCUGGGCGGGAGCCUGGUGUGGCAGGUCUUGGCUCAAGGAAUGCAGCAAUAUGGCGAUGGUUAUGAGAUCGUCUUAUCUGAAAAUCCGACUACUAGCUCCGUGAUUUCGAGACAGUCUCAUGCCAUGAGCACUUUAUCUCAUUAAGAGUAGUCGCCAUUAAAUUGAUUUAUGCAAUUUUAAAGUGUUACUAGCUAUCUGAAUUGUAGUUGUAUUGUCGUCGAGUACAGCUUUUGUGGAAGUAGCAGAUGAUUUCUACUUUUAUCUGAAGCUGCCCUUUGUAACGAUUACUGUCAAAUGAAUAAACUUUCUAAAUUUUAGCAAAAAUACAA